AUGUCGUUCUCGUCGUUCAAGAAUCCGGCGACAUACCAUUUACUCAGCUAUGGCACCCUCCUCGGCUCAACGCUUUUCCAAUCUUUUGUCUCAGGCAUCGUAGCCUUCCGCGUCCUUCCGCGUCCCCAAUUCUCCACGCUCCAAAAGCACACCUUCCCCGUAUACUUUACGCUACAGACCAUCACUCCCGUCGUAAUGCUGCUCACCUACCCGCGAGGGGGUGCAUCCUCUCUACUCCCAUUCCUCUCUUCGUCCCCUAUCCCACCAACCGCAACCGACAAUCUGAGUUCCUGGCUGCACACUACCAUGUUCCUUACAGCGCUGGUGAACUGGGUGUACAUUGGGCCCAAGACAACGGAGGUUAUGGGUCUGAGGAAACAUCAGGAGACCAGGGAUGGAAAGAAGAGUUACGAUGCUGGACCGCACAGCAAGGAGAUGCAGGCACUGAACAAGCAGUUUGGUAUCUUGCAUGGUGUCAGUACUUUGGUUAACAUGGUAGGAUUGGGGGCUAUGAUAUGGUACGGUGCGGUACUAGCUGAUGGUCUGAACUUGUAA